ACUAUAAAAAAAAACAUCAUUUAAAGAGAAGAUAACUGAAACAAAUUUGUUAAAAAAUCAGUCGUUCUUCUACACCUUAUUUUCGACAGAAUACGAAAAAUGUCGUCGGUUCCCUUUUCACAAGAUAUCGAUGGCUUUCAAGUUCCUGGAAUGUUUUCGGCUGAUAUUUUUCGUGGGGCUACCAAAUACAAACCGCGACCAGAUGACCUUUUCUUGGUGACCUAUCCUAAAUGUGGAACCACUUGGACAGGACAGAUACUUCUCCUUAUACUGCGGAAGGGAGAGCCUCUCGAAAAUCCAUCAGAUUUGCAUGCAAAAGCUCCGUUUUUAGAAAUGACAGGUGUCGAUUUCGUCGAUAAAAUGAUGAGGCCAGGUCCUAUCAAAACUCAUUUACCGUUUCACCUGACACCUUUUUCGAAAGAUGCCAAAUACAUAUGCGUAACAAGAAAUCCGAAGGACUGCUGUGUUUCCUAUUUCCAUCAUAUGAGAAAUUUACCCGGGCAUAACUUCAAUGGAACCUUCGAUCAAUUCUUUGAGCUUUUCGUAUCAGGCAAGAUUGAUUAUGGAGAUUAUUUUGACCACUUAUUGUCUUGGUACCCUCACAGGUUUGAAUUGAUUUAUCUUACUUAUCUGUGCAUUUUCUUUCCUUUUUUUUUAACACGGAUAUCGUAUUUCAUGAUCAUUGAAAAUGAAUACAUCAUGAGUUUGUUAGAUAAAAGAAUGAAGGUUAAUAUUGAUAAAAAAACAUAUUUUCAAACAAAAAAAAAUUUAUUAAUCAAAUAAGCAAGAUGCAUACUUUAGAAAUUAAUUUAAAAUUACAUAGCAAAAUACGUAAAUAAUUGAUGAGAGAGAAGAGAACAAAGU